GUGAACACAUCUUUGGGCGUUAUGUGCAGAACUUCUGUUUUGGUUUUGGGUGUUUGUAGUGACAUGUCAACCGUCUGUUGAUAAUUCCAAGUCAACUAACUAUGGUACCUUCGAACAUGUUGGAAAUUGAUCCUGAUAAAAUAUUUGAAGAGAAGUCAAUAAGUGAGAUUGAGGUGGUUCAAAAGAAAAUCCAGGAUGAAGUUGAAAGGAAAAAAGAAGAACUACGGACGAUGGUUGGGGAGCGAUACAGAGAUCUAAUUGAAGCGGCAGACACAAUAAGCGACAUGCAGCACACAGCAACUGGAGUCAUUGACCGUAUCAAUUCAAUGGAAAAGCUCUGUGGAGCUUUUCAACAGAGACAGCUGUUAGGCUUUCAGUUAGAUCUUUCAAGAGCUUCAUACGCAACACUGGACAAGAAUGAUGGAGUUGGGAUUGGUCUAGCUGUUCAAGUUAGAAUAUUAAUUGCAAUCCCAGAGCAAAUAUGGGUAGCAGUUGAAAGAGAAGACUACCUUCUGGGAUCACAGUUAUUUCUUUUUGCUAGGCACAUCAAAACAGGUUUGCACCUUGAAAGUUCAUUUCUUCUAGAACAGAUGAUGCCUGUUGUUUCUAGACAGUGGUCUGCUAUUUCACAUUUUCAAGAGAAGCUUGUAAAUGGUGCAUUGAGAGCACUUUCAUCAGCUGAUAUCUCUGCUGUGUUAGCAGCAAGAUACUUGUGUGUGCUAGCCCUCCUUGAUAAUAUGAAUGGAGAGGCACUUCUAGUCCGUUUCCUUCAAGUCCGAGAAAAUGCUCUCACCUCUGUACUUUUGGAAGGUGAUGAUAAAGCCAAUGUCAAGCACAGAAUUUGUGCUAGCUUACAUUUAUUAGUUCACACAUUGUCCCUUUUGAGUUCGUGCUUUGUAGAGGGAAGAGGAGGAUUUCAAGAAGGUCUCAUAUGGCAACACCUUCAAAUGCUCACUCAAGAGGAUAACUACAUCAGUAAUAAUCAGAAUAUCAGCUGCUUGAAUUCUCUUGAGCUGCUUGACACACUUGGUUUAGAACCAACAUCUCUUCGCCUCCUCCCUCCUGUCAUCAGAGAUUUCAGGCCUGCUAAUAAAUCCUGCAAGGAUUGCGUUCCUCUUGAGGAUGUUCAGAACCGUACAUCAAUGUGGUUACAAUCACUUCAAACAUUUUUGAAUAAUGCUCUUAACUCCUUACUUGACCUUGUCACAUCUAUCCGAGCCCUGCAAAGCAUUAGAGAUGCAUCCAUUAAAGAACAACAAGGACUUGCGGGAUGUGAUCUUGCCAUACAAAAACUGCAGCUACAAUGUGGCUCAGAUAUUUGGAAUGCAUAUUACCAACCCUUAGUAAGUUCUCGAGUCCGUGUUCUUAUGGAGCUACAGUGGACCAAUGCUCUUUCUAACACAAGACAGAAACUAGCUGAUCAACUUCGAGCCAUCCUAAGAGAUAAAAACCACCAACCAGAGCAUGAUCUACGCUGGUUUGUAUGGAGAGAACGCAUGGCUGAUCUACCUCAACAAUCCGUACAGUCCCAAUCUCUCUCACCUAGUCAUGGUCUUCUUUUAAAAUGUCAAGGCUACAGUCCAAGAGUGGAAGCAAUUUGUCAAUGUCUUGACAGUCCACUGUGCACCUUACUUCAAGAGCUAGCCUCAUAUGUUCAAGAGUCUGACAUGGACCGUGAUGAAAUACAACAGCAUUUGCUAAAAUGUAGUUCAAAGCAACUUCAGGAAUUCUGCAAGCAUAUAAAAGAAAAUUGUUUAUCAGGUGCAACAGGACGUGAAGAAGCAUGCAUUGCCCUUGUUGCUCGGCUUCCAGCAGCUCUUUGUGAUCUGAGCCCUGCUCUCAAAUCAUGCUUCCUUCCAUUUUCAGUUGUUGCCUCUUCAAAAAAUUUACUGGGAUCAUCUGCUGCUUGGUCAGAUAUGGUUGGUGUUCUUCAAGACUGUAGUAAACAAGCAUGGAUUGUAUGGCAGGAUUUAGUGUCUUCCCACUUAAAAAGUACAUUAGAAGAAAAAUUAAUACCAGAGUCAGGUAAUCUGUCAGCUAUCCUUGCCCAUUCCACUCCUCAGUGGGAGGAGCACACUAUGGAAGAGCAGGGGGAAGAGGGUGGGCAGUUACAUUCAGUAAUAAGGGUUCCUGCUCAGCCAAGCCUUGCUCUGCAAGAUGUUCUUUCCUCUGCUUGUCAAAUUCUUUCAGCAGCUCAACCACACACUAUUACAAGUGAUGUCAAAAUUACAUUUGUUGAAAAACUUGUGUCUCAUAUUCUGACCCAUUAUAACAAUGCUGUAAAGCUGAACUUACCUCAAGCACAAUCCCUCCAGUUUUUGCUUGACGUCAUGUUCUUGUCAUCCUUGCUGAUACCUAGAAGCCAGAAGCCACUUUCCCAAUAUGCCCAGCAGAUUUGUCAGACACUAGAGAAGAAAAUUGAUCCGUUUGAUUUAGAUGUGUUCUCACCAUAUGUCCAGGUUAAUGUUCGUCAAAGUGUGCGCAACAUGCAAUGUUUGUUGGGUACCCUGAUUGCAUGUUGGCCAGAAAAGCUUGCCAGUAUGUGGACUACAUCAAGUAGCACGGACAAAAGCUCUGAUCAGCCUAGCAUGCUCGCUGUCUGUCCACCUGUUCCCUUGUUUCCCCUUCUUCCUAUAGUUGUACCUGGUACUUCAGCAGGUACAACUGGUGCCUCUCGGCAACCACUAUCUCAAGAAAAAUCACAGGGUAAACAUAAUACAGGAACUCGCAGUCCUAAGAAGAAGGCAGAACCUAUGGAGAAUAUAAAGUCUGGUGCAGCUGCUUUCUUCGGUGCUAUGAGUACAGACUGGUUUAGCUAGAAGUAUUACUAUCAAUAACUUGUUCACUAUUGAUCAAGUUCUUUCUUGUGCAGGUUGUUAAAGAUGAAUGUGAGGAUAUUUAUUUGUUGAAUAGAUAUAUUAUAUGCAAUA